AUUGUUUUUAUUGUUUCUGUUUCACAGAAGGAGAGAGUAACUUGACAAGAGACAUAGCCAGUGAGUGAUAGACCCAGGACUUGAACCUGUGCCUCCUGACCACAGAUGCUUUGCCCUUUUGCUCUUACGCCUGAAUUAGAGCUGCCUCUGUCCUCAGGGACUGAUAGGGAGUGAAGAAGACAGCACUCACAGAAAUGAGGAGGCGACUGGCUGUGAGGACCCUGCAGCACAGAGAGUAAUAAGCAUAGACAGGAGGGGCAGUAAGAGUUGAGAAGUUGGGGACUGUCAGGGAAGACCUCAAAGAGAAAGUGGGAUCUCAGGUGAACUUUAAAGAAUAGGGAUGAUUUUUUAGAAGGCACUGGCAGGCAUCACAGGCAACCAGUCACCCAGCGGCUGCUCUGGGUGCUAGGGACACAGUGGUAAACAAGACAGGCAGUCUUGUCCUCAAACUGAGGGCAGAGUAGGGAGGCAGAAUAUAGUCAAGAAACCAUCAACAAGAGAUGUGAAAACAAUAGAGCAGUGUGGUAGAGAAUGACUGGGCCACGCCUUAGCCAGUGCCCUCUGUGGGGACAUGAGGCAGCCAUGCUAAAAUCUGAAGAUUUUGGGGUGGAAAGGGCAGCAAGUAUCCUCAGCUGGGGACGAGGCCCUGAAAUAGGAACGGUUUGGUGGGUUCAAGGGUCAAGAAAAAUACAGAGGCUGGAGCAACAUGAAGAAAGAAGAGUGAAGGCAAAUAAGGGCACAGAAGGCUUUAUCAGGCCCAAUGGCAAAGCCUGCGAGCUGUGCUGAAUUUAGCGCGUAUGUCAGAAUUUAGUUAGGGGAAGCCUUUGGAGGGAGGGUUUGAAGCAAAGGGAAAGACAUCUCAUAGAAGCUUAAGAAAAUCACUCUGGGCCCUGUGUGGAUAAUGGCUGGCAGUGUGGCAAGAAUGGAGGCAGGAUGACCUCUUGGGAGGCUACCGCAGUCAUCCAGUGAACAGAGUAUCUGCCAAGCCCGGGCUUCCGUGAUGGUCUACGAUGACACCAGUAAGAAAUGGGUACCAAUCAAACCUGGCCAGCAGGGAUUCAGCCGGAUCAACAUCUACCACAACACUGCCAGCAACACCUUCAGAGUCGUUGGAGUCAAGCUGCAGGAUCAGCAGGUUGUGAUCAAUUAUUCAAUCGUGAAAGGGCUGAAGUACAAUCAGGCCACGCCAACCUUCCACCAGUGGCGAGAUGCCCGCCAGGUCUACGGCUUAAACUUUGCAAGUAAAGAAGAGGCGACCACGUUCUCCAAUGCAAUGCUGUUUGCCCUGAACAUCAUGAAUUCCCAAGAAGGAGGCCCCUCCAGCCAGCGUCAGGUGCAGAAUGGCCCCUCUCCUGAUGAGAUGGACAUCCAGAGAAGACAAGUGAUGGAGCAGCACCAGCAGCAGCGUCAGGAAUCUCUAGAAAGAAGAACCUCGGCCACAGGGCCCAUCCUCCCACCAGGGCAUCCUUCAUCUGCAGCCAGCGCCCCCGUCUCAUGUAGUGGGCCUCCACCGCCCCCACCACCCCCAGUCCCACCUCCACCCACGGGGGCUACCCCACCUCCCCCACCCCCACUGCCAGCCGGAGGAGCCCAGGGGUCCAGCCACGACGAGAGCUCCAUGUCAGGACUGGCCGCUGCCAUAGCUGGGGCCAAGCUGAGAAGAGUCCAACGGCCAGAAGACGCAUCUGGAGGCUCCAGUCCCAGUGGGACCUCAAAGUCCGAUGCCAACCGGGCAAGCAGCGGGGGUGGCGGAGGAGGCCUCAUGGAGGAAAUGAACAAGCUGCUGGCCAAGAGGAGAAAAGCAGCCUCCCAGUCAGACAAGCCAGCCGAGAAGAAGGAAGAUGAAAGCCAAACGGAGGAUCCUAGUACCUCCCCCUCUCCGGGGACCCGAGCAGCCAGCCAGCCACCUAACUCCUCAGAGGCUGGCCGGAAGCCCUGGGAGCGGAGCAACUCGGUGGAGAAGCCUGUGUCCUCGAUUCUGUCCAGAACCCCGUCUGUGGCAAAGAGCCCCGAAGCUAAGAGCCCCCUUCAGUCGCAGCCUCACUCUAGGAUGAAGCCUGCUGGGAGCGUGAAUGACAUGGCCCUGGAUGCCUUCGACUUGGACCGGAUGAAGCAGGAGAUCCUAGAGGAGGUGGUGAGAGAGCUCCACAAGGUGAAGGAGGAGAUCAUCGACGCCAUCAGGCAGGAGCUGAGUGGGAUCAGCACCACGUAAGGGGCCAGCCUCGCUGCGCUGAUUCGUCGAGCCCAUCCGGCGACAGAGGACAGCCAGAAGCCCAGCCAGCCCCAGACUCCAGUGCACCAGAGCACGCACGGGAGCCUGGGCGCGCUGCUGUGAAACGUCCUGACCUGUGAUCACACAUGACAGUGAGGAAACCAAGUGCAACUCCUGGGUUUUUUUAGAUUCAGCCUGACACGGAACACCAGAUCUGCUCGUCUUUUUUGUGUUUUAUAUUUGCUUAUUUAAGGUACAUUUCUUUGGGUUUCUAGAGACGCCCCUAAGUCACCUGCUUCAUUAGACGGUUUCCAGGUUUUCUCCCAGGUGACGCUGUUAGCGCCUCAGCUGGCGGUGACAGCCGGCCCAGCGUGGCGCCACCACACACCGCAGAGCUGUCCAGGCACAGCUCCGUCCCCAGCGCUCAUGGUGUUGAAACUGUCUGUCAUGCACCACGGUGUCUGUGUCCACACAGUAAUAAACGGUUUACUGUCCGCA